CAGCUCAUUCCGCACGUAUGUCCCCCCACUCCAGCCUGUCCCUCAUCUCGCCAUCCAUACAUAUAUGUGUUCCGUUCUGCUCAUGAUUUCUUCAAUUGUAGAUUACUUCUUCAUUGAAUCUGCUUCUGAGGUUUCGGAAUUGGUUUCUAAUGGAUCCGUGCCCUUUCGUGCGGAUUGUGAUAAGUAAUUUAGCGCUGAGGUUGCCGGACGAUUCCGCGGCGUAUUCCUUCCACCAUUACUGUAAAUUCAAGCUCAAGGGAUUUCCGGCGCAGAUUUCCGACGACGUUGCCGUGCUCGCCGGAAACGAUGCCGUGGAGAGCAAAAUUCAGGGGUGUUUCACCAUGCGCAGAGCGGAAUUGGAGAAAUUGGUGACGGAGAGAUCGAGAAGUUUCUCGAAUUUGAAGAUUGAGAUCCGCCGGAGAAGGGGGAAAGGCGUUUGUGGGUUUUUAAAGGGCGGGAAGCUCGUCGGCGCUGCUGUGGUGCAGUUGGAUUUGAAGAAUGUUCUAGAGAAUGGGACUGUUAGGGCUUCCGUGGUGCAGAACGGGUGGGUCGCGGUUUCCGGGUCGGAUCUGAAACUGCAUGUGAAUGUGAGGACGGAACCCGACCCGAGAUUCGUAUUCCGGUUCGACGGCGAGCCGGAGUGCAGCCCGCAGAUUUUUCAGGUGAACGAGAACAAUGUCCGGCAGCCGGUUUUCACCUGCAAGUUCGCGUUCAGGAAUUCGACGGAGAGGAUUUUGAGAUCGAGGUCUUCUUCAAUGGAGCCGGGCACGUCGACGGGUUGCUUCAGCGCCGGCGCGGCGGAGGGCGAGCAGGCGGCGAGGGAGCGGAAAGGAUGGUCGAUCACGAUUCACGACCUGUCGGGGUCGCCGGUGGCGGCGGCGUCCAUGGUGACGCCGUUCGUGCCAUCUUCUCCGGGCAGCGACAGAGUGAGCCGGUCAAAUCCAGGGGCGUGGCUGAUUCUCCGGCCGGGACACGGCACCUGGAAGCCGUGGGGCCGCCUGGAGGCCUGGCGGGAGCGCCACCGCCUCGGCUACCGCUUCGACCUCAUCCCCGACGGCGGCAUCGACACCGUCCCGCUCGCCAAUUCGGACGUCAGCGCCAACUCCGGCGGGAAGUUUAGCAUCGACGUCACCACCGGUCCCACGCCGAUGACCAGCCCCGGUAGCAGCUUCGACUUGAGCUCCGCAUCCGGGUCGGAUCUCGGGUCGGCCCCCGGAUCCGGGUCGUGGGCUCACCUUCUGUACAGAGGAUUCGUGAUGUCGUCGACGGUGGGCGGAGACAGGAAAGGCAGCCGGCCGGAGGUGGAGGUCGGGGCGCAGCACGUGAGCUGCACGGAGGACGCGGCGGCGUUUGUGGCGCUGGCGGCGGCGAUGGAUAUGAGCGUGGAUGCGUGCGCUCCGUUUUCGCGGAAGCUGCGGAAGGAGCUGAGGCAGUCGGAGCGGGUGUAACCGUUUUUGUUCCGAUCGGGUCGGGUUUGGAGCAGGUUCAUUUUUUCUAUAUUAAAAUUUCUUGCCAGGAGUGUACAGUACCGUCAGCAUUAUUUUGUCUCAGUUUUUGGCUUUCUUCAAAGGAUUGAUUGAUUCAUUUCAUUUGUACAAAAUCAAAAAAACAUUAAUUCAGAAGGUUGUUUUGUUUUUAA